UCAAUCUCUGCAUUGUUUCUCAAAAAAAGAAAAAAAAGUCAAUCUCUGCAUAAUUUUAUAUCUCAUCACAUCUCAUUCUCUGGGGCGCUCCACGCAAAUAAGAGCACAUUCAGGAACUCAUUCGAAAUUUACUCAAAUAGCACACCUGAAAGAAUUCUGAAUCCUCGCUCUCUCUCGCGCUAGCCAUGAGUCUCUUUGGCCUCGGCAGAAACCAAAGGACAUUCCGCCCAAAAAAGAGUGCGCCCUCAGGGAGCAAGGGGGCACAACUUAGAAAGCACAUUGAUGCCACCCUAGGUAGUGGAAACCUAAGGGAGGCUGUAAAACUUCCUACUGGGGAGGACUUGAAUGAGUGGCUUGCUGUCAACACUGUGGAUUUCUUCAACCAAGUAAAUUUGCUCUAUGGGACCCUCACAGAAUUCUGUACUAAUGAGAAUUGUCCAACAAUGACAGCAGGCCCCAAAUACGAGUAUCGGUGGGCAGAUGGUGAAAAAAUCAAGAAACCUAUUGAGGUUUCUGCUCCAAGAUAUGUUGAACUUUUAAUGGACUGGAUUGAAGGCCAGCUUGAUAAUGAAUCCCUUUUUCCUCAAAAGCUCGGGUCACCCUUUCCUCCCAACUUCAAAGAUGUUGUCAAGACAAUAUUCAAAAGAUUGUUCCGUGUAUAUGCCCACAUCUACCACUCUCACUUUCAGAAAAUUGUAAGCCUCAAGGAGGAGGCCCAUCUAAAUACAUGCUUCAAGCAUUUUAUACUAUUUACUUGUGAAUUUGUGCUAAUUGACAGAAAGGAGCUGGCUCCACUUCAAGAGCUUAUAGAAUCCAUUGUUGUUUUCUAAAGGGAUCUGCGUAUCCUGUGAAAGACUAUAUAUAAGGGAACGAUAAUUAAAUAAAGUAAAACAAACACUGGUUGUGAGUAUGACUUUAGAGUUUGUCCUAAAUUGCUUUAUAUUACAAAUUCCUGUGAAUGUGUGCUAUAUGUAUGCCUUUGAUUUUUUGAA